AUGGCAGACUUCAGCGUGAAGCCUCUACGGGAGAUCGCCGCACAGUUUGAUUCCUCCAAGCUGGAAGAGGUCUGGAUACUUGCGGACCGCAGCGACUUUGUGAGCGAAUACGUUCACCGAUGUCCGAUUCCCGCGGAAGGAGAUGAGCUGAGGAAGCUGGGAAUUCGGGUCCUCUUCGCGCGCGCGGUCACGAUUGCCGCUGCAGUCGUGGGCACGUCAACGCUGCGAGUUGUGUGCGAAAGCGACAGCACGCUUCCAUCAUUGCUUGCACUCUUUGCAGAGCAUCCCGCCCUGGAAGGCAACCUUGCCCAGUUCGGGGCACUGCGAAUCACCAGAGAAGAGAAUCCGGGCAAGCUCGGCGAGUUGUGCCACAUGCCCUUCAGGAGUCGGAGCGUUCCCAAGUCGGUUUCUCACCACCUGGCCGCGGAGCAGCAAGUGUACCUUGGAGUCGACUAUGGCCGUUCGGACAUCAAGGUCGCCGUGCUGGACAUUGCAGGGCAGUUGGUCGGCAAGUAUGUAACCCGAUGGUGGACGACAGAGUCGGGAGAAGUUAAAUACGUCGACCCCCAAGUCUUAACGUGCCAUAAGAUGCACAUCAGCUGCUUGGCGGAUGCUGCGAUGGCAGCUCUGGCGGAGGUCCCCAACCAUGACGCAAAGUCCGUUUGUGGCUUGGGACUGAGCGCUGCUGGCUGUGUCAAGAAUGGGAAGCUGUGUGGCAUCCCUCCUGCGAUGGAUGGUGUGAAUCACGAGGCAGCACAGAAGGACCUGGAAGUUCUAGAGCAGAUGGUCCUGGCCAGUAUUCAAGAGCGCUGUGCAGUCGACACGGACUGUGCCACGGCCCUGGUGAACGAUGGCGAAGCGUCAGCGCUGUAUGGGGCCGACGGUCUGGCAGAGGGGCGAGUGGGACUGUUUCUGUCCUGCGGCACUGGCCUCGCCGGAGGCAUUGUCUGGAAUGGUCAGUGCUGCGAGGGCGUUCUGGAACUGGGGAAGGUCGUUAUGGGUCUCAGGGACUCAGAAAGUGGCAUGGUUCCUGUGCACGACUGCCUCUUGGUCGAAGGAGCUGCCCAGGGCAUGGCCGGUACGCAGCGCGCCUUUUUCAACCUCCUGGCAGCCGGGGGUGGGGAAAUGAUCAGCGGCAAGGCUGAGCAACGAGCCGCGCUGGUGGCGAUGCAGAAGAAGGACCUCAACGAGUUUUCCAGGGGUCUAUUCGAAUCCAUGGGCAAGUGGCUGGCUCGCUUCGUGCUGGAGCUCAAUCACUACCUGCCCUCUCCUGUGGACUAUGUGGAGGCCGGUGGCAAGGUGACGGACGGCCUCACGGGGCGCGUGAUGCUCGAUGCCUGCCAGGCAGAAAUUUGGGCGCUGGGCGCCACUGCGGAGGUUGCCAAGGCUGCAGACAGUGAAUUCGGACAGGCGAUUGCAGUUGCAAACCUGGUGCGACCGACCAGGCGGUGA